AGGAUCAAAUGGUUUUAAAUUAAGAUGGUGGGGACCCAAAUUUGGAACAUCCACAUGCAUUAGAAUUUCCUUAUGAAAGAAGGCAUAACACCCUAGCAUAUCAAAAAAAUUAAGCAUAAGUCACGUAGACAAGUCUUCACUCCCUCAACUUUGCCUUCCAAAAAUAAAAAUUAAAUAACCCAGAAAAACACACCCAUUUAAGCCCUCGACAGUGUACGCGCACCUAAUUCGCUCAUUUGUCAUACUCACACCCUUCUCUUUCAAGACGCUCCGCCAAGUGAUAAAUCCACAAUAUUACCCACACAGCCAAGAAACUAGAACAACAAUUUGUUCAAUUUAUUUUCAACCUUCAUCGAUCUAUUCUGCCCUCAAUACGAUUGCUAAAAAUGAGAUUGUUAGACUUCUUGAUGCUACUAAAUUUCUUUCUUUUGAUUGCUGCUACUCCGCCAAUUCAAGCCCUGGAUUCAAGAAAGCUUGAUGAGAACACCGUCCCCGCCCCGACUGAUCAGAAGUGUGCUCCCUGUACUUCAAGCCCUCCACCACCACCGCCACCAUCACCGUGUCCUCCUCCGCCAGCUUUGCCACCUCCAGCUUUGCCACCUCCUACUCCAAAGAAACCGCCAUCAAGCUACUGCCCUCCGCCUCCAGCAUCAUUCAUCUACAUAACUGGUCCACCGGGGAACUUGUACCCUAUUGACAAUGAUUUUGGCGGUGCUGACCGACCCACGGUGGCGGGGCUGCCGUUUUUGGUUGGAUGUGGGUUGUUAGGCUUUUUGCUAAGAUAUGGGGUUUAAGGGGCCACAAAACAAGUUCAAAAAGAUGAAGAUUGAAGAUUCUAAGGACGGGAAUUUUUUUGUCCAAAGGUUGAAGCGUUUAGGAUCUAGUUUGGUACUUCUACUUUUAUCUCUGAAUUCUCUAAUAAUUCCAAUUCACGCCUUCUGUUCUUAUCCUUUUUAGUCCUCCAUCCCCUUUCACUGAUAAUAAUCCUUUUUUUUUUCUUUUC